AGUCGUGCAGGAUUCUGCGGACCAUGCCGCGUGUGUUAAUGGAGCUGUUGCUGGUGCUGCUGGCGUUAGCGGGUGUCGGGCGAGCCGAGCUGGUGUUCCGCUGCCCGAGCUGCAGCGCUGAGCGCCAGGCUGCGUGUCCCGCUCUCACAGCCGACAGCUGCACAGAAAUCGUGCGGGAGCCGGGCUGCGGCUGUUGCCCUGUGUGCGCACGCAGAGCCGGAGAGCCGUGCGGAGUCUACACUCCGCGCUGCGCCAGCGGCCUGCGCUGCUACCCCGAUCCGGACUCGGAGCUGCCGCUGCAACAGCUGGUGCGCGGCCUCGGCCACUGCGCGCGCAAGGCAGAUACGGAGCCCAGCACUGGGAGCGCCGAGCUGAGCGGCGAGAUGCUGGAGCUCCAGGAAACGGGUCACACUGAGGUUCCUCCUAUCAGGAGGCCUACAAAAGACAGCCAGUGGAUGGGCCCUAAAGAGAGCGCUGUCAUCCACCACCGACAGCAGAUGAAGACCAAGAUGAAGUAUAAAGUGGAGGAAGCCAAGGUGCCACGCAUCAAACUGAGUCAGUGUCAGCAGGAGCUAGAACAAGUGCUGGAGAGGAUCUCCAAAAUGCCCUUCCGUGACAAUCGUGGCCCUUUGGAGGAUCUCUAUUCUAUGCAGAUACCCAACUGUGACAAGAAGGGCCAGUACAACAUGAAACAGUGUAAGAUGUCUGUAAAUGGACACCGGGGUGAGUGCUGGUGUGUAAACCCUCACACAGGCAGACAAAUCCUGACCUCUCCAGUGGUAAGGGGUGACCCCAACUGCAGUCAGUACAUUGAUUUCCUGGAGAUGGAGGCACCUUCUGCACCGCAAAACUGAAAGUGCCUAAAGUCAUAACUUCUUAAUCAAGCCACCAGAAUUCUUGUGUAUGAAUGCUUGUAUUUGUAGAAUUAAAUGGACAUAGUGACUUAUUAAUGUGAAACCCAGCAUAUGAUAUGAAGUUAGGUGAUGGGUAAUAGAAUAGGUGUUGUGGAAAUCUUGGCAGAAAGAUGCAUGGAAGCUGUGCAAAGACUUUAAACUAACUUUUUUCCCAUUUUUGUAUGGAACAUAAUGUGUUUAGUGUGUAUAGUUUUUCUCUUCGGUGCUAUAAGACCUUUUUUUUUAAAGUGUCCACCUUUCAUCAAGACUAAUGCUUUAAUAAAAAGCUGAAGUAUUUACACAGAGCUGCAUGAUACAUACCAUUGUGAAUCUAUGCAUUGGAUUUUGUGAGUAUUGCAUAAAAAUACAUAGGAAAAUACCUAAUGAUUUGCCUUUACAAUAUUUGUAUACUGUAUUUUAAGCAAGCUAUAAUUGAUCUAAACUCUCAAGAGAUUGGACAGGAUGCUGUGAAUGGUUUGUUUGGUUACGUGUUUUAUAUAUAUA